GUCACUUUAUCUCUCUGUGUGUUUUAAAGCUACAGUAAAUCAGUCAUGUUGGCAUCACGGGCUCUCCUCGCCAAGCAGGCCGCAGCCAUGCUGGUGCGUCAACCUGCCUGCCUGAUGCAUCACGGGGGAGACUGGGGCAACUGGGGCAACACCAACAUCGCUGUGGUUUUCUCUGGUUGUGGUUGGUGGGACGGGACUGACAUCCAUGAGGCUGCAUACACCAUGUACCACUUGAGCCGUAAUGGAGCCCGUUUUCAGAUCUUUGCUCCAAACCAGCAGCAAAUGCAUGUCAUGGAUCACAUGAAGAUGCAGCCAUCUUCCAGCGACAACAGGAACAUGAUGAUGGAGUCUGCGCGAUUCAGCCACGGUCAGGGAAUGAUGCAGAUGAACGAUCUGUCCAAACUGGACGCUAACAGUUUUGAUGCCGUCAUCUUUCCUGGAGGCCACGGCAUCGUCAAAAACAUGUCCACCUUCAGCAAAGAUGGCAAAGACUGCAAGUUGAAUAAUGACGUGGAAAGAGUUCUGAAGGACUUCCACCGCGCUCGCAAACCCAUUGGGUUGUCCAGCAUGGCUCCUCUCCUAGCGUGUCGAGUUCUGCCCAGUCUGGAGGUCACGAUGGGUUAUGAGCGGGACGAGAGCAGCCGCUGGGGCCGCUGGCCAAACACCAACAUGGUGCAGGCGGUCAAGAGCAUGGGGGCCCGUCACAACACCCGUGAACCUUACGAAGCCUAUGUGGACGAGAAAAACAAGGUGAUCAGCACUCCGACCUUCAUGUGGGAGACCGACUACCACUACCACUACAUCUUUGACGGCAUCGGGAACAUGGUGAAGCACGUCAUGCGCAUGACCGCCAAAUGAGUCUCACCAGAACACAAACACCUGAAGGCUUUCACACUUAACUUUAGGUUGACCAGAAUCCACUGUGAUGUGGGCGUACAGAGAGUAAAUAAAGAAAAGCAUGCAAUGCAA